CGCCAUUCAAAGAGUAUGGGAUAUGGGGCUCUUUCAUAUCUGAUCUCUGUUAACAACAGUCAAGCAAAGUGAGAUAGUUCAUCGUUUACAAAGAAACCUCACAAUGCGUUGUUUUGAAGCGGCAUACCUGAUAGUCCUAUCCAUAACGAGAACAGUAAUCAGUGAAUCCCUGAACAUAACUGGGACAUUGGAGGUAAAAUUCCAGGAAACAUUGACAUUGACAUGUACGACAGAUGAUCCGUCUCUCCUACCACUGACUUGGUUUUUCAUGCACAACGGACACGAGAAGAUACUUCCGGACCAGGACCGAUGGAUGUACAGGACGACAAUUACAACGACAACUAGCGCUGAAAACGUAACAUCGAGUGUUCUAAAAAUAGAAUACAGUUCCAUAGGCGACACCGGUGGUUACGAGUGCCGUUCCAGUCUUCAGUGGUCAGCGGCAGAGUUUGUUGCUGUACUUUACGAUACGUGUGUAGAUAAAGGAAAAACAGAGAGUAUAUUUGUGCCAGGAAAAGGAUGUAUUUUCGUGAGUAAUGAUAUGGUGCGAGAUAUCCCAUGUGACGACAUCAUGAUCUCUAAUUGGAAGGACCAGUUAGUCGCCUCUGAUGUUAUAGACAGAUAUGUUUACCACCACGGAAUUGGAGGGAUAGGGGAGCAGCAUUUUCUGAUAAGGCUGACAAACGAUGGCAGAAACUUUCAUUGGAAAGACUUUAUAAGGGACAAGUCCAGACGCCUAACAUAUACAGCCUGGUUGGACUAUGAUUACGGGGAUGAGUACAGCACCUGUGUGUCGAUUUCAAUCCGAGGAAGAAGUGCCUUCAGUAAAUGGGUAUAUAGCAGGUGUUCUAUGAGCUAUUCCAUCUGUUUGAAUUCUACCGAAAAGGAGGAAGAAACAAUAAAACGGCCUACUCUCGUACCUGAUACCAAUGAAAUAAACGUGAUAUCCCCGAACAUCCUUGCCCGCCUGUUCCGGUGUCACCAGACAGGAGAAUACAUCCUCUCCUAUUUUGUGUGUGAUCACAGACUAGACUGUAUGGAUCAGUCGGACGAGGAAGGAUGUCUGAAGUCAACUAGUGAAAGGGAUUCGGCCACUUUCCUCUGUGACAAUGGCAAAUAUGUAUCCCUGAACCUAGUGUGUGACUUUUAUCCUGAUUGCUAUGACAACUCUGACGAACGUAAAUGUUACAAAUCUCCUUGCUUGUCGCGUCAAUGGACAUGUCACAGUGGUCAGUGUAUCAGUGACUACGAUGUUUGUGAUGGCGAGGUUGAAUGCUGGGACGAAUCAGAUGAAUGGUCAUCAACGUGUAAUGGCUAUCCUAAACAGAUAGAGACCGUAUGGCCUUGCCAGUCUAGUCGUCAUGUUUCUAUAUAUAGAAUGUGUGACAACAUUCCUGAUUGUCGUGACAGAAGCGAUGAGGAUGGGAAGUCUUGUUACCUUGGAAACCCGACCUAUUCCUGCUCUACACAUUGUCCUGACAGGUCAUGUAAUGAUACAAUGGUGCGAGUUCAUCUCGGAGGCAGUGGUUAUGAAACUGUCAACUGCUCCUACACCCCAGACUUAACACAGUUGGCAUGGCCAUUCUCCGUUUUCAUGGACACCUCCCCUGAAGAUGAGGAUUGUUAUUUCACGAGCAAAGAUGGCGGCUCUAUAAACGUCAAGCUAAUUACUGAACAACCGGUUUCUAUCCAGUAUAAAAGUGAGUACAUUUUGGAUGCACUGCUGACGCACUCCCGACAGUGUCACCAGGAGAUUGAGCUUUGUUAUCACGCCUUCCACUUCCCACAACCAUACAUCCAGUUCACGAGUGAUUUGGACGGGCGACACAUGCGCAACUUAACCUACUGUGGCAAUGUCAGAAAAAAAUGUGAUCCGUACUACGGCUGUUAUUUAGAUGGCCCAGUAUACCAUCCGUCAUGCCAUGGUGAGACCACCAUUUUGACUGGUGAUGACGUACCAAUCCGCUGGAUCCAGCUAAAACUUAACGAUGAUUCUAGACCUAUAUUACGUAUCUCGCCACCAGUUUGCACGGAAGACGAAUCCUUCAUCGACCCGAAAUAUUUCGAGCCACAGCUUCUGUGUCAGAACGGGAUAAGCUACUAUCCACAUCAUCGGUGUUUAAUGGACUUUGACGUCACUGGUGAGCCGAUGUCAUGCAGAGAUCUAACACAUCUACAAAAUUGCGAAACAUUUUCUUGUCCAGCGAACUUUAUGAAAUGCCCCAAUUCCUUCUGUAUCCAUGCCAGGUUUUUGUGUGAUGGCGUACCACACUGUCCGAAUAGUGAGGACGAGAUAAACUGUGACUCCUUUACUUGUCCAGGAUAUUUCCGAUGUCAAGAUAGCAGAUCAUGUAUACCGUUGGAACAGGUCUGUGACGGGAUUGGCCAUUGUCCUCGAGCCGACGACGAACGUCACUGUGACGUCAUCUGCCCGGACGGUUGUUCCUGUCAGGGUCUGAUCUUCAACUGUGUAGACGAUAGCAUCAAAACAUCAAGUUUAUUUCGUGAACUUCCGAACUCGAUACGAGGAUUAAAUGUGCAGAUUCGUCUUUCUGACUGGACGGGACACCUCCCUCUUCAGUUCCCAGCAAUUUUCUCACUUUCUAUGCAACACUGUCAAAUCAAUUCGUUAUCCUUUCGAAAUCAUUCUAUUUUAGUCGGUCUCGAAUCACUCAUUACACUUGAUCUUAGUUACAACGAUAUAUACACCAUACCUGAAGACACAUUCUCGAUGCUUGUAAACUUAGAAUAUCUUAUUUUGAAUCGUAAUCCUAUUGUCAGCAUUGAAGGCACGGCGUUUUCAGGUUUACAUUUACUGAAAGAAUUAAGCCUUAUUGGCUCAAAGCUUCGGAAUCUCUCUUCGAACACCUUUGCAGAAUGUGAUGCCCUCACGAAUUUGAAUCUCAGCUCUAACCAAAUAGAAAUGAUAGAACAUGGUACAUUUAAUAACCUAGCUUAUGUUAAGACGCUUGAUCUACGUAACAAUCACAUACAGUUAGCAGAACACAUCUUUAAAGGCCUAUCAAGCCUCAGUGUUUUAUAUGUCGAUUCAUACACUCUUUGUUGUGCCAAACCUGCCUCGGUAACGGAUCCCAACUGUUUUGCUCCACGUGACAGCAUAUCUUCGUGUACCGAUCUCAUCCGUCUGUUUAUUUUGAGAGUCGCUCUUUGGAUCAUAGGGCUAUGUGCUGUCUUCGGCAAUUUGUUUGUUUUAGUUUAUCGAUUAAAGUACGACCGAGCAAACCUGACGAAAAGUUACUCCAUUUUUGUCAUCAGUUUGAGUUUUUCCGAUAUCCUGAUGGGUAUCUAUAUGAUGAUAAUUGGCGUUGCUGAUGCAGUUUACAGAGAUCGCUAUGUGUGGGAGGAGAAGACAUGGCGACACAGUACUAUAUGCACAGUGAGUGGAAUUCUGUCCACAAUAUCAAGUGAAGCAUCCGCUUUCGUCAUUCUAUUUAUAACUCUUGAUAGAACAAUGGCUAUAGUUUUUCCAUUUUCAUUACGACAAUUUACAAUGAAAUCUGCGAUAAUCACAUCCGUAUUCCUAUGGAUUAUCUCCAUAGUGGUAGCCGUACUUCCGGUUUCAACCUUCAAGGACUACUUCCGGGGAGAAUUUUACAGCUCUUCCGGUGUGUGUCUCGCACUUCCGCUGUCUGACUCCGCUACACCUGGUUCAGCAUAUUCAGUAGCUAUCUUCGUCGGGCUGAACUUCAUCAUCUUUCUUGUGAUAGCAGUGUGUCAGGUUGUGAUAUACAGAAAGAGCCGGACCCACUUAUCACUGAGAAGGACGACAAAUAAACAGGACACGGAUAUCGCUGUAGCAAGGGCUCUCACUGCUGUAGUCGCUACAGACUUUUUCUGCUGGUUUCCUAUUGGCGUCCUGGGUAUAUGGACGUCCUUAGGAGGUAGUUUGUCGGGAGAUGCGUACGCUUGGGUCAUGGUAUUGGUUCUACCCAUCAAUUCGGCGCUUAACCCUUUCCUGUACACAUUUGCUAACACAUGGAAAAAGAGAAAGAGCCAGCGCCAACGAUACUCCACGUAUGGUGGCGUGAAAUCAGAAACUGAGAUGACCAAUGUCGUUUUGGACGUGUUGAAAACAUUCCGCCUUAAAAGGGGGAGCAAGCCACUCGUGGAGUAUCUGCGUGACUCUGAAACAGAAGUACGUGUGAAAGAUGCAUUCAACAUCGUCCACCGUUUGUCGGAAAGUUUGGUCUACCUUCACAAACAAGAACUAGUCCAUGGAAAUAUUUCUGCUGAAUCCAUUGAAAUAUCUUUGAAGAAUAACAGAGUGACAGAUGCAGUAUUUUCAAUGGAUCACCACCAAGUGUCUCGAGAUUCGGAACAGCUGAAGGAUAUCAACGACCUCGGUGUGGUAGUGAAGGCGCUGCUGAGGAAAAUCAAACUUCCGUGAAAACAUCAUCAGGCCUCGAUAUGAAGAAAUCGAGCGCCGAAUUCUACAUACUCAAGCAAUAAUCCAUGUUCAUGCCAUUUGUUACUGGCCAUGUGUCCGUUAUUUCGUCAUUAUGCUACCACGGAAACAUAAUCUAUCUCGUGCAAAAUUACGACAUUUAUUAUCAAUGAACAACUCAGUAAUUCACGAACAAUUCACGUUCUUACUGUGGCAUUAGAUAUCAGUAUUUGUUAUUUGUUAUACUUUUCUUCUGAAAGUGCCGUUUUUAAAACUUUAUUCUCAGAGUCUUUGAUGUUUUAUCAUUAAAUCUCGAAACAGUCUGUUAUGAAUAUUUAUGGAAAAUAUUUAAGGUUUUCUGACUGUCGCUGUCGCAUCGACCUAUAGUUGAAGAAUAUAUAAAUAAUAUAUUUUAGUUGUGUGUUCAAAUUUUACAAUCUUUUGAAUUUUUAAUUUAUCCUUUCGCCUUGUUUAAUACAUGUCCUUUAAUAUAUCACGUGUCAACUUUAUCUCAUGUCCGUUAAUGUAUCACGUGUCACAUUUAUCACAUGUCCAUUAAUAGAUCACGUGUCACAUUCAUCACAUGUCCAUUAAUUUAUCACGUGUCACAUUAAUCAUAUGUCCAUUAAUAUAUCACGUGUCACAUUUAUCACAUGUCCAUUAAUUUAUCACGUGUCACAUUCAUCACAUGUCCAUUAAUAUAUCACGUGUCACAUUUAUCACAUGUCCAUUAAUUUAUCACGUGUCACAUUUAUCACAUGUCCGUUAAUAUAUCACGUGUCACAUUCAUCACAUGUCCGUUAAUAUAUCACGUGUCACCUUUAUCACAUGUCCAUUAAUAUAUCACGUGUCACAUUGAUCACACGUCCAUUAAUUUAUCACGUGUUUCUUUGUUAUCACGUUUAUUCCAUUAAUGUAUACUUUAUUAUCACGUGUCACAUUUGUAUCCCGGGUUACCUUAUGGAUUACGUAUCACCUUAUCACGUGUCCAUUGUUUUACGUAUUACCCUAUUGAUCAACUCAACUUAAUAAAACUGUUUCAUCUUCAUGCAACUUUUUUUUUCAUCUCUUUUUAUCUUGUUGAAUAAACAUCCUGUUACAAUGUAAUGUUC